GUGUCAAAUAGCUGCUUCCUUCCGGACGGAGGAAAGUGGGCUGCACGAUGGAGUAGGGCAGAUAAAAGCUUGGGGCAGAAGAUUAUACGGCACUACAGCGCGCCGGUACUCGGACACGCGUGGAGCUUUGGCCCGGUCAGCAUGAAUCUUGUCUAAAGGUGGAAAAUGGGUGAUGCUACCAAGCAAAUAAAAGAGCGGGGAAUGAUGGAUGAGGAAGAAUUCAAGAGUAGCCCUGCUAAGCAGCCCCACAAUGAAAGGCAUGGAAACGGCAAGAAACCAGACCAGCAGAAGAAGAGUACUCCUGUGAAGUAUAGCAGCAGCCCCAGGAACACGGCACAACAACACGCUUAUAAGAAUCUGAGUCACAGUCCUGGAAGCCGAACAGCAGCUGGCCUGAAAGACAAGGGUAAAAGAUGGGCUACUGAUGAUCAGCGCAGCAAUUCAGAUAACUGGAGAGAGCGCAGAGCUCAGCAACCUAACCGCUCAAGGAAGGACUCUACUCAUGAAGGGGAAGAUGGUAAUAGGUGGCAACCUGGUGAUGAACGGAGUAAUCCAGAUGUAGUAAAAGGCAAUAAACCAAAGAAUGACCGAAAACACAGUCAGUCUGAGCACGAUGAAGAGGAAUGUGUUGAAAAUCCUGUCAUAGAUGAAUCCACUCUGUCCAAAAGAGAACUCAUGGGAUUGCAACAGGCAGAAGAUCGCUUAAAGAGAGACUGUAUUUACCGACUCAAAAGGCGUCCUCGGAAACACCCUACAGCUACUUAUUCCUGUAAACUUUGUGAUACACUUGUUGAAUCUAUAUCAUCAGCUCAUAAACAUAUGAAAGAAAAGAGACACAGAAAAAAUCUAAAGGAAAAGAAAGAGGAAGAGCUUCUAAAUAACUUGCCACCUCCAUUACUACCUCAAAUAGAAGCAAUUGGUGCAGCUAUUGAAAGCCUAGUGCAGGAGCAAGGCUUAAAUGAGGAAGACUUAGCAAUAAGACAAAACAUUAUGAAAGCCAUGGAAAAGGUAGUCCAGCAGAAGCUUCCAGCCUGUUCACUGAGACUUUAUGGUUCGUCCUGCAACAGAUUUGGUUUUAGAACAGCUGAUUUAAAUAUUGACAUUCAGUUCCCAGCCACUAUGAUUCAGCCAGAUGUUCUUUUACUUGUUCAAGAAAGUCUAAAGCAAAGCGAUUUAUACUUUGACUUUGACACCGACUUCCAUGCUAGAGUACCAGUGGUGGUGUGCCGAGAAAAGCAAAGGCACCCUUAGUUUUUGCUACAGAUGGUCAAUGCCAAACACCCACUGGUCAGCUUUGGGUUGAUAUGCUCAGAUUCUAUGCUCUAGAAUUCAACAUGGCAGACUUAGUCAUUAGUAUUCGUGUCAAAGAGCAAAUUUCCCGGGAAUCCAAGGAUUGGCCCAAAAAACGAAUUGCUGUUGAAGAUCCUUACUCAAUAAAGAGGAACGUGGCAAGGUCCUUGAAUAGUCAGCUAGUUUAUGAGUACCUGCUCUACUGUUUGAGAUCAACAUACAAAUAUUUUGCCAUGCCCCAAAGUAAAUCUGCAAAGUCUAAUAUAAAGAAUAAAACAAGUUCUGAAAAAGAUCUAGACUGCCAAGAUAAUCCCCCUCAACAUUUUUCUAUCAAGACUCCAGAUGCAACCAGGGUGACGGAAUUAAUUGAUAAAGUGGAACAUUUGAAUAUUGAUGAAGAUGUCAACUCUCCAGGAUUGUUCCAGGAGUCAUCGCUUAGUGAGUGCAAAGCAUUAGAUGGUGUUUGCAACCAAGCCAGGAAAAAACUGGUGUAUGACUCCACAAACCAUAAUGUUAAUGCUUUUACAGAGGAGGUGAUUUUAGGUGACUCUGAAGAUAAUCUGCAAAGUGUUGAUGAACUAGAAACUUGUAGUGAAGAUUCAGAUGAUGAUGAUGAUAUUGUUCAUGGGAGAAUGAGCCAGAAAGAUUAUAUACGGAUUAACCAAGGCCUAGAUGAAGAUAGUGAGAGUGGCGAGCCCCCAGUUCCUGGUAUUGAGGAGGCAGACAGCCUUUCUGAUUCAGAAGGCUUUGCAAACAAUGCAAUAUUGGAAGGGGAAGAUUUUGAACUGGAAGACAUUUUUGUUGAUAAACUUGAACUGGAGGAAGAAAGCACAGAGGGCACAGAUGAACUUGAAGAUGACUCUAAUGGGUUUGUAACCCAAGAUAUUGUGAGGGCAUCUAUAAAUAAAUCAGAUGAUGAUGAUGAUGAUGAAGUAAGUCUUGCUCUGAAUCAGAGAGAGCAUUUGGAUAGUCUAACUGCUGACGAAGAUUUGGAACACACAUACACUGGCUCAGGGCAUGAAACUUUGUCUGAAGAGGAGGAAUAUCCAGCAGAAAAAGGACUGGUUACCUGUCUUAAUAAAAAAAAUGUAGACAUAUCUGUAGCAGAACAUAACAAAUCUGUAACUCCCCUUAAGGAUUCUACCUGUGCCGAAAACAUCAUAAUAAAUGAUUUUAACUUAUUCUAUGUAUUCAACAAAGCAAUCUUUACAAGAGGCAAGCACCCUACAGUUGUGUGUAACCUGUGCAAGCGAGAAGGACAUCUAAAGAAAGACUGUCCAGAAGAUUUUAAAAAAAUAGAGCUGGAUUCUCUGCCACCCUUAACGCCAAAAUUUAUAUCACUUCUGGAUCAAGUUUGCUUGCAGUGCUUUGAGGAUUUUUCUCCAACAGUCCUUGAAGAUAAAGCCCGUGAGCAUAUUCGGCAGAAUUUAGAGCAUUUCAUCAGGCAAGACUUUAAGGGAGCCAGACUAAGUUUGUUUGGGUCCUCAAAAAAUGGCUUUGGGUUUAAGCAGAGUGACCUUGACAUCUGUAUGACAUUUGAUGGCAUUGAAACUGCAGAGGAACUGGAUUGCAUAAGGACUAUUGAAGAUUUAGCAAGACUUCUUAGAAAACAUCAAGAUAUACAAAGGCAAUAAGAAGCCAGAAAUUCUUGUUGAUGGAUGGAAUGUGUAUUUUUUUAACAAGCUGGAUCAUUUGGCACAGUAUUGGCCAGAUUAUGAUAAAAACAAGGAGUCUGUUGGUGAACUUUGGCUAGGACUUCUCAGAUAUUACACUGAAGAAUUUGAUUUUAAAGAACAUGUCAUCUGUAUCCGACGAAAAAGCCUCCUGACAACAUUUAAAAAACAAUGGACAUCCAAGUAUAUAGUUAUUGAAGAUCCUUUUGAUUUAAAUCACAACCUUGGAGCAGGGCUAUCAAGAAAAAUGACAAAUUUUAUAAUGAAAGCUUUUAUCAAUGGAAGGCGUGUUUUUGGCACCCCUGUAAAAGGAUUUCCAAAGGAAUACCCAUCUAAAAUGGAAUAUUUUUUUGAUCCUGAAGUGCUCACUGAAGGUGAACUUGCUCCCAAUGACAGGUGUUGUCGAAUUUGUGGUAAAAUUGGACACUUCAUGAAAGACUGCCCUUUAAGAAGAAAGGCAAGGAGGAGAAACAAUGAAAAUGCUAACAACCAAAGAUUCCCAGAGAAACGUCUUGCAAGGAGGACUGAGGAAAAAGAAGGGGCGAACAAAACCAUAGAAAAUGAGAUUGGUUGCAUAGAUGGAAAGCAUAGCACUCCUCCUAGACCCCGACAUGGAGGAAGAGCACAUGAUACUAGUUGGGAUAAAACUCCAAGACUCAACAAUGAAAAGUGGAGGCGACAAGAAGACAGAGAUAUGAGGGAAAAGCGCUGCUUCAUUUGCGGGAGAGAAGGACACAUUAAGAAGGACUGUCCCCAAUACAAAGGGACAGCAGGAAGUCCAAAGUCUGAUAACUUUUGUGGAUCUCCUUCUGCAAUGAGCCCACUGAAACAUUCUAGAUCUAUUCCAAUAAACAGUGAUCGAAAGAUAGCACCUUUUCAAGAUGAAAAAAAGAAGCAGAAGUUAUUUUUGACUCCUCAGUCAGGUAGCCUUUCAAAUAAAUACAUGGCUCAGGGAAAAGCCAAUCAGAAGAGGACGCAGCAAGAUUCUUAAAGAAGAAACACACUGCCAGAGAUGGAUUAUUUGGCCGUCGUCAAUACAUUUUAUUUUAAGUGAAGUUUACGUUAAGUAAAGUAUCUGGGUUUACGGGAUAGCAGCAAUGAACAGACUUUGGACUUGGUUAAUAAACGGAGACCUUUUUAUUUUGAUAUGACAUUGUAAUUUAAAAUUGAGAAACUCUGUGUUUUAAUGCAGUCCAUACUAAUGGGCACCUGUUCUUAAUUUAUUUUUAGUUGUGCAUUUUAACUGAAAGCCAUGACGUUAGUAUUUGUGUAUGAAGUAAAAAGAUAAACAAGUACUACAAUAAAUUUAAAAUAACUAAUGAUUUUAAUUACAGCAAAUCCCCCUCAAUGUCCCUUUUUAUUUGAUGUAACAGGCAAAUUGAGAUUCAAAGUUUUCUUGCCUCGUGAAAUAGAAAUAUUUUUGAGAAGUAAAUGGUAUUUAUUAUUGUUAAUUGUUUAUGAAAUCCUUGUGUAAAAUUCUUUAAUACAUUAGUGGACUGCUGCUGUGUUCUCAAACAUGAUUUUAUUAUUCUUGUAAUCUGUGGAAAAUAUUGUCACCUUUUAUGUAAAUACCUCAAUGGAUGUAAUAGUUACAUCUGUUAUUGUUUUGAUUCCUGUGUCUGGUCUGGUGUUUACCGUAUUUCCACCAUCAAAUUUUUUUUUUUAUUAUUAUUUUUUUUUUAAUAUGACAUCUCCGCAUGGGUUGUUCCUGUUUUUAUGCUGCUAAGAAACAAAAGUAUUUGGGGGUUUUCUUUACCUUUUUUGGUAGCUUAAAUAAAGGGAAAGAAAUGUGAGUUAAAACAUAGGAUACCCAGCAAACCAUAAUAAAAAAUGUCUAAUUUCCACUGAAAGAAUUUGCUCACUACAUACAUUUUCCCUGUGGUGCUGCUUCUUUUAGUACAGAGAACUAAAACCAUAAAAUCUACAAUAAACUAUUUUCAGACUUUU